GGUGCCUGGCCGGCCUGCGCCCAGCCGUCUGCUCCCCCAGGCCGGCUGCCAAGGCGCUGAGAGCUCGGCUAUGAACACCCACGCCUUACAGCUCAGCCCGUUGAGUAACCCAGUGACUCUUUUUUGAGUCCCGUGUUGGUGGGUGCCACGGGCGGCUGCGCACUUCGCCUCCAUUCGCGUGGCUUAGGCGGCAGAGCUGGGCUUAGAUCCUGCGGCGUGGGGGACGGACGUGCUCCAUAGUCUCCAGAGCCCACGCCCCGAGGCCGCGAGAGACAGGAAAUGCGUGCGCCCGGUAUGCUGACGGCUCUGCGCGGUGCUCCCUGAUUCUGAGGAACUGUCGUCCAAGCUCCUUCACGCUCACAUUGACAGCAUCUCCGUUCCCCAAAGUGGUUGGAAAAAUGAGCCAGAGUCCACCACGUCUCCUUCUCAGGGCUGGUGCGUGGUGGGACCAGAGGCCAAAGCGGUUAGCACGGCCGGCCUGCUGGGCACUCUCAGACGGGAGCACACCCGGGAGUUUGCCAGUGGCCAGGGAGGCCUUGCUGAAAUGUCCGUGGCAGUGUCGGCACUCGGGGCCCGAAGGACGGGAGCGUCAAGGGGCUACUGACGGAAAAGGGGCCAAGAAGGGGGAUGUCACGGGAGCUUGGAAGCCUCUCGUCCAGAGCAGGCAGCCAACUGGGCUUGCUAGGGACUUUGAGGAAGGGGGUGUGACACGGGGCCUCUGCCCAUGUGCCGGGCUUCCUCCUGUCCUCACUGCCGCAGUAGCUCCAGGAAACCCAGAGGAACCACACACAGGAAAUGGAGGACACCAGUCAACCAAGAAUGUGUGUCUUCUGUUCGGACAACUCCCCGGAGAGCUCGGCACUGCUGUUCGUCCUCCCCGUCCUGCCUGCCGUGCGGAUCCCAUUGCUCACUUUCGUCCCUCAGCGUCUCAGCACGUGGGGGAGGGGGGUUCACAGGUGUCGUUAGCUCCGUCCCCCCAGCUCACAAACUGGAAGCAUGAGGCAGUGUUUGCUUUCCUGGAAAACUUGAAAAGCAGAUGGUUUAGGAAUUUCGUGUGUCCCUACUUCCUUCCCCUGAUAGUUGCUGUACCUCCGGCCUGCGAGUCCUGUGCCAGGAGAAGAGGGUAGGAAGGUCCGUACAAAAUAUAGCACUGUCCCUGUCCCCACGGGUUUAAAAAUCCAGUGAAGUAAACAUGUAAAUAGAGCUUUCAA